UGUGGAGCUGGCUGCAGCCACGCCACCCCCUCCCACUCCUCCGGGCUCAAUGAAGCUUUCUUUUCCCGCAGGUUGGGAGGCCAGGCAGCGGCGUUCAGGAUGCUGGACUUGCAAAUGGUUUCGGGACAGCAGGAUGGCCCCUGUGGCCGCAGGAAGCUUUUCAGCCCGUAGCCGUUUCUCCACAUCUCCAGCUAGACAGAGUAUCAACAGACCAGUCCAAUUCCAGAGCUGGACCAUGGGAACAAGGUCCCACAAAGAAAACUAAUGUCCUGAGGGCCCUCUUGGUCAUUAUGGCGACCCCAAAGUCCCUGCAGGUGAUGUCACGGCCUUCACUCUGAUGUCACGUUAAAUAUAUGUCGUCACUCCCAGCUUCCACCCCCAGGCACUAGGGCCUUUAGUUGGUGACCGCGACUUCCCUGAGUAGUGCCACUGUGCGUGCGGUGAGAUAAAGGCUCCCCUUGGGUUCUUCCUGACGGCUCGUUUUCCUUCGACCCCUCCGUCCCCGCCCCCCCUCCCCGCAUCACCGCCGCAGGGGCCCGGGAGGGGCGGACACGCCUCCGGCACCCUGCAGCCCCGCCCAGCCCCGCCCCCAGGGCCAGGAAGCGCGGAAGGAAUCGCCUUGGCCAUGGACGGGGCUUUGAUGGAGGGUCCGCUUUUUCUGCAGAGUCAGCGCUUCGGGACCAAGGGCGCAUGCUGCCGCUCACUCUCGAGUCUUUCGUUCUUUCCCAGAGGUGGAAGAAAACUUGGGCUGUGCUUUACCCAGCCAGCCCUCACGGCGUGGCGCGGCUGGAAUUCUUUGAUCACAAGGGGUCGAGCUCUGGAGGGGGUCGAGGCGGCUCUCGCCGUCUAGACUGCAAGAUGAUACGCCUGGCUGAAUGUGUGAGCGUGGUGCCUGUGACUGUGGAGAGUCCCCCUGAGCCCGGCGCCUCUGCCUUCCGCCUGGACACCGCACAACGCUCGCACCUGCUUGCAGCGGACGCCGCAUCCAGCACUGCCUGGGUGCAGAUUUUAUGCAGAACCGCUUUUCCGAAAGGCGGCUGGGCUUUGGCUCAGACGGAGAACCCACCUAAGUUUUCUGCCCUGGAGAUGCUGGAGAAUUCGCUGUACAGCCCCACCUGGGAAGGAUCCCAAUUCUGGGUAACCUCGCAGAAGACCGAGGCUUCUGAACGCUGCGGCUUGCAAGGCUCCUACGUACUGAGGGUAGAAGCUGAGAAGCUGACCCUUCUGACUUUGGGUGCACAGAGUCAAAUCCUGGAGCCGCUCCUUUUCUGGCCCUACACUCUGUUGCGACGCUAUGGCCGAGACAAGGUAAUGUUCUCCUUUGAAGCGGGUCGCCGCUGCCCCUCUGGCCCUGGGACCUUCACCUUCCAGACUGCCCAGGGAAAUGACAUCUUUCAGGCAGUUGAGGCUGCUAUCCAGCAGCAGAAAGCCCAAGGAAAGGUGGGACAGGGACAAGAUAUCACCAGAACUGACUCCCAUGAUGGGGAGACAGAGGGGAAGAUGGCUCCCACUCCUGUUCCCCAGGAACCCCUGGGCAGCCCUCCAGCCCUAUAUGCAGAGCCUUUAGACUCCCUGCGAAUUCCUCCAGGCCCUUCUCAGGACUCUUUGUAUUCAGACCCCCUGGGCAGCACCCCUGCUGGGGCAGGGGAAGGGGUGCAGCGGAAGAAACCUCUCUAUUGGGAUUUGUAUGGGCACGUGCAGCAGCAGUUGCUGAAAACCAAGCUGAUAGACUCCAAAGAGGACCCCAUCUAUGAUGAGCCUGAGGGCCUGGCCCCUGCCCCUCUCCGGGGCCUUUAUGAUCUGCCUCAGGAGCCUAAGGAUGCAUGGUGGUGCCAGGCUCGGCUGAAGGAAGAGGGCUAUGAGCUCCCUUACAACCCCGCCACCGACGACUACGCUGUGCCACCCCCUCGGAGCUCAAAGCCUACCCCUGCCCCCAAGCCACAGGGCUUGAUCCUUCCUGAAUCUGGUACCACAGCUGGCAGUGGCAGCAAAGGCUCAGAUACAGCUCUGUACAGCCAGGUCCAGAAAAGUGGGACCCCAGGGAGAUGGGACUGUGGACUCUCUAGAGUAGGGAAUGACAGGGUGGGGGUCAAGUCAGAGGGUUCCACCUGAGACAGUUGCUGAUAGGAGGUCCAUGGGGUGGUGGCACUGAAGAUCAGAGAAACCUGAGGGUGGGAGGGGCCGGGGGACCAGAGGAGUCAAGUGAUGACCAGUCCCCGGAAGUUGUGGGAGUAGAAGAAACAAGGCUGCUGGACUGACUAGGCCUGUGGGAGAGGUCCACUGGUCAGAGUGAGGACACUUUGGGGAGGCCAGUAUGGAUCCUCACUCUUGUUCUUUGCCAGAUACGUUUUAAUUUAUAAGGCAAAUCUCAUUAAAGGUGGCUUGAUUGAAAA